UGCAGAAAGUGGUUACGGGAGUACGUCGCUGCAGUCAAGAAUACCUAGAAUAUACAUGGUGAAAUGAGGCAGCAGAUGAUCGACACGAAAACUACUCCUCACUCUUCGGGAGAGGCUGAUGAAUGCCUGUUUGAGUAUCUACACGCUGAGAUGGUUAAUUACACCCUAAGUAAAUCGAGUAAUAACAAGGAGGGGGAAGAGGAAUUGUCGAGGCUGGAGUGGAUGGGGUUCAGCGUCGGCUAUAGAAUAAUCGAGCGAUUGACGCGGGAAUGGAAUCGGUUCAAAGACGAACUGGACAUGAUCAAGUUCAUCUGCACCGAUUUCUGGGCCAGCCUUUAUCACAAACAGAUCGACAACCUGAGGACGAAUCAUCACGGCGUUUAUGUAUUACAAGAUAACUCGUUCAGGUUGCUCGAAAAAGUAGGUACGAACAGUAAUAAACAAUAUCUUCAAGAAAGCCCGCGACUGUUAGCGUUCACUUGUGGACUUCUAAGAGGAAGUUUAGCAAAUCUUGGUAUUAUUAGUACUGUCAAUGCAGAGAUUUCUACAUUGCCAAGUUGUAAGUUUCAUGUACAGGUACAACGGAUUUAAAACUGACAAAUAUAAUUAUGACGUUUUAUGUACUACAAGAAGGUAAAGUUUCUUUUCCUGUAAAUAGAGCGUAAAUGAUAU